CACCAUCUUCUUCGUCGACUCGCACUUCUUACAUACUUUUUCCUGUCUUCGAUCAGAACACGUCUGGUAGAUAGAUAAUAUAUCCAUUCCGUGUCAGAAAUGGCGACGAACGGAAACGCACGCGCGGGGAACGGCGUCGGAACGGGACGGAACGGACUGGCAAAGAUUCAUACGGAGAAGAGAGCGGAAGGAAUCUGCCAUGACGACAGCACGCCGCCGGUGAAGGCUCAGACAAUCGACGAGCUUCAUUCACUGCAGAAGAAGAAAUCGGCGCCGACAACUCCGAUCAAAGGGAUUCAGACACCGUUUGGCGAGGAGGAGCGCAGCAAGCAGCAGCUCCAGUCUAUAAGUGCUUCAUUGGCCUCGCUUACGAGGGAGACUGGUCCGAAAUUGGUGAAGGGAGAUCCUGCCCGGCAAUUGGAGACGCCGCGGGUGGUCAGCCACGACCAGCACCACCAUGUCAGCCCCACCAUCAGCGUCAGUGACAGUUCUCUGAAAUUUACUCAUGUCCUCUACAAUCUUUCCCCUGCAGAGUUGUACGAGCAGGCGAUCAAGUACGAGAAAGGCUCUUUCAUUACAUUCACGGGCGCGCUGGCGACACUUUCCGGUGCCAAGACAGGGCGUUCGCCUAAGGACAAGCGUGUCGUGAGGGAUGAAACUACAGAGCAUGAGCUGUGGUGGGGGAAGGGCUCGCCGAACAUUGAAAUGGACGAGCACACAUUCAUGGUGAACAGAGAGAGAGCUGUGGAUUACCUGAAUUCUCUAGACAAGGUGUUUGUGAACGAUCAGUUCCUCAAUUGGGAUCCUGAGAAUCGCAUCAAAGUGAGGAUAGUCUCAGCCAGAGCAUACCAUUCCUUGUUCAUGCAUAACAUGUGCAUCCGACCAACUCCCGAAGAGCUAGAGAACUUCGGUACUCCGGACUUCACUAUAUACAACGCCGGCCAGUUUCCAUGUAACCGUUACACACACUACAUGACAUCCUCGACUAGCAUAGAUUUAAACCUUGCAAGAAGGGAAAUGGUCAUCCUCGGCACUCAAUACGCCGGCGAGAUGAAGAAAGGACUUUUCAGUGUAAUGCACUAUCUCAUGCCUAAGCGUCGAAUUCUCUCAUUGCACUCCGGCUGCAAUAUGGGAAAAGAUGGCGACGUCGCUCUUUUCUUUGGCUUAUCAGGCACCGGAAAAACAACUCUGUCUACUGAUCACAACCGCUACCUAAUCGGAGAUGACGAGCACUGCUGGAGCGACAACGGCGUGUCGAACAUCGAAGGCGGGUGUUACGCGAAGUGCAUCGAUCUUUCGCGCGAGAAGGAGCCCGACAUUUGGAAUGCAAUAAAGUUCGGGACAGUUUUGGAGAAUGUUGUAUUCGAUGAUCAUACUAGAGAAGUGGAUUACUCGGACAAAUCCGUGACCGAGAACACUCGUGCUGCCUAUCCGAUCGAAUACAUUCCUAAUGCGAAAAUUCCGUGUGUCUCUCCGCAUCCGAAGAACGUCAUACUGCUGGCGUGCGACGCAUUUGGCGUGCUCCCGCCUGUCAGCAAGCUAAGCUUAGCACAGACAAUGUAUCAUUUCAUCAGUGGUUACACUGCUCUGGUUGCGGGAACUGAGGAUGGGAUCAAGGAACCACAGGCCACAUUCUCGGCGUGCUUCGGGGCUGCUUUUAUAAUGCUGCAUCCUACCAAGUAUGCAGCCAUGUUGGCGGAGAAGAUGCAAAAGCACGGCGCCACCGGAUGGCUCGUCAACACCGGCUGGUCCAGCGGAAGCUAUGGUUCCGGGAGUCGGAUCAAGUUAGCUUACACUCGGAAAAUCAUCGAUGCAAUCCACUCCGGCAGCCUGUUGAAUGCCGAGUACAAGAAGACGGAGGUUUUCGGGCUUGAGAUCCCGACAGAGAUCGAAGGAGUCCCUUCAGAAAUCUUGGAUCCUAUCAACACCUGGUCGGAUAAGAAGGCCUACAAGGACACACUGCUGAAAUUGGGUGGCCUGUUUAAGAACAACUUUCAGGUGUUUGUGAGUCACAAGAUUGGCAAGGACGACAGCUUGACUGAGGAAAUUCUUGCUGCUGGUCCUAUAUUCUGAUCGAAGGAACAAAUUGGGAUGCAUUGAUUGAAAGGAAAUAAAUAUGAUUGUCCUGUUUUAGUGUAUAAAUCAUUUUAAAUUGAAUGAAUGAGUGCGAGUGAGAUC